AUGGGACUGCCUUUCAGUCCGAAGUCGCAGGGUACUAGCCAGGCUGUUCCAGAGCACUCACAGUCGGACUCCGAGGCUCCUAUCAUUCGCGACGGCGAUCUCACCCACGAGGCUGUCGGUGCUCCCGUCGAAACACGGUCGCCGUUAGGAUACCACGUCAACUGGCUGAUUAUAAUCUUCUUGAACCUCAAUCACAUGGUCGGCACCGGCAUCUUCUCCACGCCAGCUACUAUCCUACGCCUCAUAGGCUCAGUCGGUCUGGCUCUCGUCUACUGA